AUGAUUCGAGCAGCAACAAAGCGGGGGGUCUCCUUGUUGUGUUCUAACUCACUGAGUUAUCAGCUGCAACAAUGGCGAGGCAUCCGAGUUAAGGUUCGAAAUAACAAUUUAGAUCAGGCAUUGGCUUUAAUGCAGAGGAAGAUGCAAUCCAGCGGCAUCGAGCGCAUGAUAAGGAAUGAACAAACUUGCCACAUUAAAAACUCCGAGAAGCGUGUUCUAGCUAAGAAGAAUUUGGAGCGCAAGAUUCGUGCACAAGACCUCGCCCGCAAGCUCAAAAUGAUUCUCGUGCAGAAAGUCAGGGGUCUGUAA